AUGACUUCCAUGGGUACGGAACAUAAGCUGCUUGAGUCGGCAUCAAAAGUCAAAGACUCAGAGUACUUCAUCUGGCUUUCUUCCCUUGGUGCCCUUAGCGAGGCCAGCGUGAUCACAAGUUCGUGCCUUGGGUGCUCUUGCUGCUUCAGCAGAGUUGAUGGAGGGGUAGAAGGCACGGCAGAUAGAGUUCUUGCCUUGCUUGGGGUUGUGACGCCUAAGGAAGAUCCACAUGAACUGAGGACUGCCAGGUCGGAUGCACUUGCUGAAUCCUCUCUCGCGGUUUCAGCUGAAGCCGCUGCCCGAAGUGUUUCCAAAGAUCCAAUUGGUUGUGUUAUAACUCAUAUUCCGACCUUGCAGAAAUUGUUGAUAUCUUCAAGAAAUCUCAAGUUUUUCACCAAUGGAUACUGCUAUAUUCUUCAGAUUCUUACCGCUGCUGUUGUUGCUCCUAUGUAUACUCAGGCAAAAUUGAGUUUGGUGUCAUUAAUCACCCACCCGAACCCAUCACCGUCCAUUCCCAUCAUCACCGCCUACACCACUGGGUAUGGAAGGAAUUCAAGGGGUAUGGAGAUGUUAAAAAAAAGCUGGUUGCCAAAAGUUGGUGAUCGAAUCAAAGGUGCUUUAUGCUUCUGCCAUGGCUAUGGUAGUACCUGCACAUUUUUCUUUGAAGGUAUCGCCAGGCGAAUUGCUGCCUCUGGAUACGCUAUAAACACAGUGGACUAUCCGGGUUUCGGUCUUUCUGAAGGAUUGCAUGGCUACGAUGAAUUAGUCGGCGAUGUAAUCAAACAAUUUACUAAUGUCAAAGGAAGAUUCGAAGUGAAAGGUCUGCCAUUCUUUGUAAUGGGAGAAUCCAUGGGAGGAGCCAUGAGUCUCAAGAUUCAUCUUAAGGAGCCGGACAAAUGGGAUGGAGUAAUUGUUGUAGCUCCAACGUGCAAAGAACUUUGGUUGUGGGAGAAAGAAGCCGGUUCCUUGCUAUUUUUAGGUAUAUGAUUAGAAAUCGGAGGGUUUAAGGUUAUGCACUUGCUUUGAAUGUGACUGCCAGAGAAAUUCAAGCUUCUGCUAAGAUAAAAGUUAGGAUCUCCAGAGAUUAGAAAGUGAAAAAGGGCAAAGGAAAGCGAUGUUGACUCAUGAAAGAUGGUUCAAAUCUCUGUUGGAGGUACAUUGGAUUUAUGUUUCUGAUGUGUUAAGUACAUUGUUAGGAUUAUAGAUUUGAAUUGAACUCAAUGUUCUCAGUGUGUAUAUUUAAAUAUGUGUGUGUGUGAAUGUAUGUGUGUGUAUAUAGAUUUAUACAUAAAAGAGAAGAUGGAUGGAUAGGUGUAUGCUUACUCCGUAAAAGAAGAA